GUCUGAUUUGCCUCCAGAACAGCAAGGCAGAGGCCAAAGACCCAUUGUUGGGAUCUGUGGACCAGCCCGCUGUGAGGAUGGAAAAUUUUCAGAGCAAGAAGAAUGUGUUAACUGCACAGAUGAAUGCAGAGUGCUUGGUCAUUCUGACAGGUGUUGGAUGCCACAGUUCCCUGCAGCCAGUCAGGCUGAGAAUGCAGAUUAUCGCACAAAUCUCUUUGUACCCACAGUUGAAGCUAAUGUUGAGACUGAGACAUACGAAACUGUGAAUCCCACCGGGAAGAAGACUUUUUGUACCUUUGGGAAAGACAAGAGAGAGCACACUAUUCUCAUUGCCAAUGUUAAACCUUACUUAAAAGCCAAACGUGCCCUGAGUCCUCUGCUUCAGGAGGUUCCCUCAGCAUCGAGCAGCCCAAACAAGACAUGCAUUGAGCCUUGCACCUCAACAAAAGGACCACUGGAUGGUAGCGAAGCGAAAUCAGGAGCCUUGGCUGAACCAAGCAGCCAGUACUUGUCAACUGACAGUCAGUAUCUAUCACCUAGUAAACAAUCAAAAGACACUCCCUUCAUUGCAUCAGAUCAGAUGGCUAGGGCCUUUGCAGAUGUGCAUUCCCGAGUGAGCCGAGACUCGAGUGAGAUGGACUCUGUUCUGGAGCAGUUAGAUCGUUCAGCCCGGGAUCUAGGCAGAGAGUCGGUGGAUGCCGAGGAAGUUGUGAGAGAAAUAGACAAGCUCUUGCAGGACUGUCGGGGAAGUGACCCUGUGGCCGUCAGAAAGUGAGGGGGAAAAUAAGGACAGGCUGGCAGUUGUGUUCCACUUCUGCUGAUUAAAAGUAAAUCAUUAAGUAAAUCCCCUGGUUGUAAGAGUUUUACAGGAAUGAAGGAAGACCAAUGCUGCUUUAAGGCUUUUAGUGAACAUCUGAAGUGCCCACAAGUAUGUUCUUUUCACUGCUCUUUCUUUUUGACAGGUGAUACUGGUUUUAUUUUGUCCAAACUUUCAUUAGGACAGAGUCAAGUACACUAAGAACAAAAUGAAAAAAGGAAAGACGGUGCCAUUUUGACAAUCUGAUAGGAAGGUAUGAGAAAGGUGAAAUGGAAAUACGUCUAAUAUUUUAAGACUGUCCUCAAUAGCUGAUGCUGACUUUACUGUUUACGUAUAAACCCCAAGAAAAACAGGGUUGAAUAAUUCUGAUCUGUGGUGGAUAUCCAGCAGUCACCACAGAUUUCUACUGAAAGUCCUAAAAUGAGUUCUUGUAGUAGUCCAAGUGACACCAACCAUUAACAUUCUUUUGUGGUAAACAUUUAUGUACAAAGUUACCUGCCACAAAUAUGAAAAAACAAAAACAAAAACAAACCAAUAAAACAAAAAACCCAUCCCAGAUCAUUAUUCAACAAAACAUAUCCUGAUCAUUAAUAAAACACCUCGUUUCAUAUUAAGGUAAAAUGUAAAAUGAUAGAGUACAUCUUGUCCUGCACAAACAUAAGCUAAUUCACUUGAUAAAAAAGAAAAAAAAAGAUUUUAAUAUCUAUUUAGCGUUUUAGUGUCCAACAAA